CAAGGCUUCUGCUCCGUGUGAUUCUUUGAUGACUCUCUCUCCUUAGGAAUGGGGUCGGGUGGGAGAGAGAACAUGUGUUUACGCUGUAAUGUAUGUUAAGUGGUCACCACAUCAUGGGGUCCCUUCAAUUUUCUCAAUGGUCUUUUAGGAAGAGCCAGUGAAGUGGAGGUGAAAAGUGAAAUUGUGGAGAAUGUGGGGAAAAAAGAAAUCUUGCAGAAUACUGAGCAAGAACAGCACAAAGAGGACCCAGCACAGGAGUGUAUGGACACAGAGGUGUUCCAUCCUGGUGAAAAUGCCAAGGACCAGAAAGCCUCUGAAGACAGUGCCCCCUCCCUAGGAGUAUUAGCAGAUGCCACGAAUGAGGAGCAGGCUCAAAACCAGAUUCUAGAGAACGCUUCCUUCCUUGAAAAUACAGAGCAGGUUGAGUCCAAUGAGGUCAUAAACACACCAGAUGAUAGGACUGGGGCUUCCCUUGAGCAGUCCGAAUGUUUGCGUGAUGGUGAAAUCCCAGGUCCUGGCACUGGGCAGGACAGUUAUGAUGCCUUGGAUAUUAAAAACCACAGUAAAGAAUCUGCAGAAAACCAGGAAGACUUGAAAACCAACUUGGGAGAGGGUAGCACAAAGCCAUGUCAAGAAUCUGCCUCUCUGCAACCAUCUGAAGUCGGAGGGCUGGGCAGCGCAGACACUGGGGAGCAAGGUGGGAGCCCCACAGAGGACGUGGUGGAGGCAGGGCUAACGGGGCUCGGGGAGCAGGUGGGCACAGAAGCCUCCGGCCCUCCAACCUACAGCGAUGACAACGUGAGUCAUGAUGAAAAGUGUGCCGUAGAAGCCCCCACAGAGCUGGACCCAAGCACAGGGCAUGACCUAGACAAAGAGCUCUCCGAGCAGGAAGCUGCUGAGCCCCAGGAGCUCCCAGGUCAGAGCACAGCGGUAGGUGGGGAGAAUGACGAAAAGGAGGAUGAGGAAAGGGGGUUGAGGGACGAGAAGCCAACCCAGACAGAAGUGCAGAACAUUCCUCGUUGUCCAGAGGCAGAAAGCAGCCUGCAGGGAGCAACAGGUCCCGCUGUGGCAGAUGCCGAAAGCGAGCCCCUAGAUGUGAAAGAGCCCGAGGAAGAAAAGAAUGACCAACAGGGAGAGGCACUGGAUUCAUCACAGAAGAAGACAAAGAACAAGAAGAAGAAAAACAAGAAGAAGAAAACACCGGUGCCUGUAGAAACCCUUAAAGAUGCUAAGAAAGAGUUAACAUUUCAGAACUCAGAUUUAAGUGAGGUGAAGGAAGACAAGCAGGUAGCUCUUCCUGACAAAAAACCAGGUGCAGAAGCACAAAAUGAGGUAACUGAAGGUCCAGGAGAGAAAAGUGUAGCAGGAAGUGGUGAAAAUGUUGACUGUCCAGAAAAUCCUGGAAUUGAGUUGGAUGCAAAAUUUAACCGAGAAGAUAAUGAUGUAAACACUAAUGGGGGGGAGGAAACAGCUGAUGGGGGCACAUUAGGUUUGGGGGGUGACACCGCGCCAUCGUCAGGCACGAGUGCCAGUGAUAAGGAGCUGGAGGAAGCCAUUCUAGAAGAUGGCGCCGCUCACAGCGGUCCUCCAGAACCAGGGAGUGGAGCGGUGCCUGGCGGUGCCCUGCUGGAGAAUGAAGGUCCCUUCAAGGACAGUGAUGAUGCCCCUCAAACAGGAAGUACAGAGCAGCAUGAGAUGGCAGGGGGGCCUAGUCAGAGAGUCAAAAAGGUCGUAGAAAACGAUGACUUAGCACCUACAGGGGAGCUGGGAGCCUCCAUUUCAGAAGGCAGGGACGAGCUGAGAGGCGGAUGCGAGAAGGGCAGAAGCAAGGAAGACUGUACCAUGUCGUGAGUGGACAGGGGCCAAGGACUGGACACGAAGCCCAGCUGUCAGAGGCUCGUCUGCUCUCUCCACGGGUGAGGUUCCUAAAACGUUCCACAUUGAGAUAGAUGCACUGUAGGACAAUCAACCACCGAGCUAUCUACCACGUUGGAUUAUAGACUGUUACUUGUAGACGCAUUCUUCCUCAUUAGGGUUAUCACCCAGAUUAGAAAGAAAGACACACCUGUAAUCAGUAGGAGUCCUAACGGAGAACAUUCCGGCCGUGUUAGACAACGGACACUGCGUGUUUCUGCUUACAAUCCGAAUAAAGCUCUUUAGCAUUUGCCUUAGGCUGAUAUUCUUGACCAAAUACACCAGCACCCAAUUGAAAUGACCAAAUGGCAUUCUGAGAUUUGUGAGUAUAGUUGAUACUUAAAUUAAUGUGUCUUCAUUCAAAUAUAUGUCCUUUCAUAUUUGAUUUUGAUGUGUACGAUAUAAUCUAUAUGGUAUUUUAUUUUAAAAGGAGAUAAAUGGCCAAAUAGUGUAUAGGUCACUGAGAGAUAAGAUUUGCACCUUAGGACAGUAAUUAAUCAUGUUAGGGAUAAGAAACAAGUAUCUUAAAGCACUGGGAGAUCUUAAUUCCCUUUACCUCAUAUAAGUAUUUUAUCUCAAACCGAUACUUUUGAUCUCAUUGUUGAUGAUACCUGAAUUUAUUUUGUAGAUUUUGACUUCACUUCAUGCUGAUUAUGUACCAGAGUCAUUUUAUACAAAGUUUUUUUUUUUUUAAUUUGUUUCUGGAAGAGACAUACAUUGAAAUUGCACUUCCUAAUGCAGUUUUUGUGGAGGGGGACCAUUUCUAAAAUUUAUUUUUUUAACCUUUAAAUUACUCCUCUUUCUAUUUGUCUUAUAUUCGAAAGAAAAAUACAGAAGGUACCAUUCUUGUGCAAACUGCUAAUUGAACUAUAACAGGAUAUUUUAAAUAGUUGGGUCACUUUUGGUAUUUUGGUAUAAAUAUUUUCAUUUGUUUUAUCUCAAUAUAUUAUUGGAAAAGUCUUGAUUUGGUCUUCCUGAAGGAAAUAUAUAUUUUCUAUACAAGGAAGCAUUUUUAAAAAUAGUUGUAAAGUUAAAUUAAAAAAACAAUUGUAAAAUACUAAAAUCACAAAGGACUGUACAUUAUGAAUGCUGUUGACACUUUAUGAGAUUAUAUGAAUUCAUGUCACUGUUACAAGGUAUAAUUGAGUGCAAAAAAGACCAAAACCUCAAUAAAAUUUGAGGCAAGCCUAAGUGUUAUUAUGUAAUUGAAAUAAAAACAUUUUAUAAUUU